AUGUCCAUAAAAUCACUUUGCUCGUUGAACAUUACAUGGAGCAGGAAAAUAUUUUUUUAUAACAAAAUAUUCAGAGUUAACCGAACAAUACUAAAAUUAUACAGUACGAAUCCUAAAUCAACGUGCAACAUUGGUACAAUUGGGCACGUUGAUCAUGGAAAAACUACACUGACAGCAGCAAUCACCAAGGUACUUGAAAAGGAUGGUCUGUCGUGUUUUGUAGCUUAUGAUGAAAUCGAUAAGGCUCCUGAAGAGAAAGCUAGAGGUAUAACUAUAAAUAUAGCUCAUGUGGGUUAUGAAACGUCAAAGCGUAAAUAUGCCCAUGUUGACUGUCCCGGCCAUGCUGAUUUUGUCAAAAACAUGAUUGUUGGAGCAUCCCAAAUAGAUUGUGCUAUUUUGGUAGUCGCUGCUACAGAUGGUUCAAUGCCCCAAACUCGAGAACAUUUGCUAUUGAUUAAACAAGUUGGAGUACAACAUGUGGUAGUAUUCAUUAAUAAAUGUGACAUAACAGAAAAUGAUGUUAUUGAACUUGUUGAACUAGAAAUACGAGAACUAUUAACAGAUUUUGGUUUUAAAGGACAUGAGGUCCCGUGCAUUUUUGGAUCAGCACUUCUUGCUUUAAAAGGUGACACAUCAGAACUGGGAGAACAAUCUAUAAGAAAGUUAAUGGAUGUAAUUGACAAUAACAUACCAACUCCAAAACGAGAUUUUACUUCUCCAUUUUUAUUGCCUAUUGACAAUUGUUUACUAGUACCUGGCCGAGGGGCUGUUAUUAUAGGCACAUUAAAGAGAGGAACGGUAUGCAAAAAUGAUAAAGUUGAGUUAUUAGGAUUUGAUGAAAAAAAAAUAACCAGUAUUGGGGAUAUUCAAGUGUUCAAUAAAUCAGUGACAAGUGCCAAAGCUGGAGAAAAUGUUGGUGUAUUGUUAAGAGGCCUAAAGCCUAAAUUUAUUCGUAAGGGUAUGAUUUUGUGCCCAAUUAAUACUUUAGUACUGAACAAUCAUUACAAAGCAACAAUUUAUUUUCUUUCACGUUCUGAGGGAGGACGGUCGAAACCAAUCACAUCAAAUUAUCAACAGCAACUAUUCAGUCAUACAUGGAACAUUGUUUGCAGAAUUGAUCUGGAUUCUGAUGUAUCUAUGGUAAUGCCUGGAGAACAUGCUGAAGUUACAAUAACUUUAUUGAAUAAAAUGAUUAUGGAUAUUGGACAACCAUUUACUGUACGAGAAAAUGGAAGAACAGUAGCUACUGGUAUUAUUAGUAAGAUCUUAUCAAAUGUUGAUGUGUCUAAAAACAAUUUAAGUAAGGUGAAGAUAGAAAGUUAA